UUUACAGGUUUAAACAUUCAGAAGGGAAAGAAUGGGAAGUAUCAAUGUGACAGUUGCAAGAAAGAAUUCGUUUCGAAGUAUAAUUUAAAAUAUCAUCAGAGGAUUCACACUGGAGAAGGACUCUUGUCUUGCCAAUACUGUAAUCGUCAGUUCAACUAUCCCGGCAGUCUACGGGACCACGUCAAGACUCACACCGGAGAGAAAUCCUUUAUUUGUGAUCAUUGCAAACAAUGUUUUAUACUAAAAGGAAAUCUGAUUCGACAUCUCCGAACUCACACGGGAGAGAAGCCUUUCUCUUGCGACCAUUGCAAGCGAAGUUUUACGCAAAAUAAUAAUCUGAUAGAACAUCUUCGUCUUCACACCGGAGAGAAAUCCUUUAUUUGUGAUCAUUGCAAACAACGUUUUACACAGAAAGGAAAUCUGAUUCGACAUCUCCGAACUCAUACGGGAGAGAAGCCUUUCUCUUGCGACCAUUGCAAGCAAAGUUUUACGCAAAAAAAUAAUCUGAUAGCACAUCUUCGCCUUCACACCGGAGAAAAACCAUUCUCGUGUAAUCAUUGCUUACAAAAAUUUCGUGUUAAAGCUUCUUUAAAGUAUCAUAUUAUUAAACAUCAUAAUAGUAACGAAUAAUGACUUGUGGAAAUGAUUUUAUUCACUUUCCUUGCAAAUCAUGUAAUACUCGUAUUUUAGAUAUUAUU